CGAAGUUCGGAUUAACGACGAAAUGCGGCACUUAAAUGUGACGACCCUCAAACUGACAAGGAAAGGAAAAUUGGGAGAAACAGAAACCGUAUAGGCGACAAGUUGACCUUUCUCAAUGCUCUUGAAAAUGCUCAGCAGGCAUUUCAACUUGGAAUCGAAUUCUGCUUACCGCGGAUGGAUACAUAUCUUGCUAUUUACGUCUCUGCUACUGCGAUGAUUGAUAAUCGCUGAACGGAAUUCUAGUUUCACGCUUCUUCAUGGCUCACCAGCAGCUUAUCGACUCACUCACCUCCCAUAUCUCUCUCUACAAUUCUCAAUCCCUUCCUUCGAACCCCAACCCUAACCCCAGGUCUGCAAUUCUGAAAUGGUUCUCAUCUCUCUCCGUUCAGCAGCGCGUAGCUCAUCUCACCACUGUCGAUUUUAAGUUCGUUCAGGUUCUGAUUCAAAUGUUGUGCAAGGUUCGAGCUCAUGGCCAUUGCUCCUUCAUCAUUCUUCCCGAUCUUCCCUCGUGGGAUCAAUUACCCAGCCUCUGUUGCAAGAAGUCUCGUGGGCUUUUGUCACGUGUGGCCGAGUCGAACGAGUCAGAAAGGUGGGUUUUUGAGUCCAUCCGGUUAUUUGGGUCGAGGGAAGGGGAAAAUAUCGAAGCUUGCUCGUCUUCAGUGAAGGGACUUGAUGCAAUGACUGUGACGGAGGCCUUCGUUGAGAAUGUGGAUCGGAUGGUGGAAGCAAUGGAUAGAAUUUCAAACGGAGGUUUUUUGAGAGGUGACACGAAUGAAUUAGGAGCUGAUUGGGUGGAAUUACAUUGGUUAAAAUCAAAAGGAUAUUACAGUAUUCAGGCUUUCGUGGUGAAUAGGCUUGAGGUUUCCUUGAGGCUGGCUUGGAUAAACUGCAACAGCAGUGGAAGAAAGAGAGGGGUGAAAUUGAAAGAGAGGUUAGUUGGGGCAGGGGUUUCAACUAAUGUGUAUUGGAGGAUAAAGGGUUGCGUGGACUGGUGGGGGAACCUGGAUGCUGCAGCAAGGAAGAAGGUCCUGACGACUAUCAUGGGGAAAGCAGCCAAAAAUUUGAUUUAUGAGGUUUUCAAAGUGGCACAUGAUGCUUUGGAAGAUGACACAUGGCUGUACAGUACAGGGGUAGGACAAUCACUGCCAUACAACUAUUCUACAUCAGCUGAAAGGUUGAUUCGGAUAUUUCCUGAUGAUGUAGAAUUUGGAAAAACUAUCAGGCCACCCACAUUUUCUAGGAGACCUGCUUCUUUAGCCAGAGCCUUUAAUUCAUUAUUAGUGCUUCAGGAUCUUAAUAAAAUGAUAUCAUUGUGUUGUAAUAGUGAUUAUGAUAUAGAAAAACUAUUAUUUAGUUCUUUGUGUUCUGUUUGUACCAUAUCUGAUUGUAUAACAAGAAAGUUGCGAGGGUUUUUGAUGGUUAUUUCAGUUGACUCCACAAGACUUGAACUUUUAGGAGAGGAAUGUGACAAGUCUUCAUCAAGCAAAGCUAAAGAAAAGCUCAGUAAUUGUAGCCAUAAAAAGAAAGGUCGGGCCCGCAAUUCUAAAAAGCUAAACCCUUUACCAAAGUCAUGUGUGAAUGAUAUUUCACAUAAAAUUCCUCCAAAGGAUGUCGUCGGUGUAGUGGAGAAUCAACAGAAGACUAAUUCAACAGGACCCAUGCAACUUCCUGAUGUAUCUCUGGGGAAGGAUGCUUUUAGGGGAAGCUCGUCCUCAACUGCUGAAAUGGACCAUAACCAACAAUGGAAUGUUGGGAAACGUCGAACUUCUUCAAGAAGAAGAAAAGAGAAAAAUAAAAAUAGGAAGUCUCUUGUUGAUUGUCAAGUUGGAGAUUCUCAAAAUUCAAUUACAGUUACUGCCUCUUCACUUGUUGUUUCUGAAGUGGAGGUGGCAAUUGCUGAUCGUUUUUGUGAUACUUCAACUGUUGAGAAUGUGAAAAAGGAAUGUGCAAGUGGUACAUUUGUUUGUCCUGCAGAUUCAAGCUUUGUUAAUUCUCAUAAUGGACCUAAUAGGGAGGACAACUGUACCCAAGAAAUUCAAGAUUAUGUUGAAGAUUUUUCUGAACGUUGCAAUAGUGUAGGUGCUCAGCCUUGUCAAUUGUUAAAUGAAAAGAAAAUUUCAUCAUGUACAUUAGAUAAUUCAACUUGUGAUGGAGAUUAUGUUAAAACUCCACCUGUACCUGCCUUGAAACUUGGUGGACUCUUUUGCAAUGAAGACACUAGUCCUUUGAACUCUUCAUAUCUUGCUGAAUUAGAUGCCAAGUCAAGUUUUCUGAAAAAGCCAAUUAGAGAGGCUCAGUUGAAAGAACAUCUCUUUUUGAAGGAGCAAAAUAGAGGCUGCCUAUUUGAAAGUCAAAAACCAAUUUUUUCAAAAUAUCGUCCAUAUGAAUGGCCUGGUGUGCCCUCUAUAUAUUUUCCAUCAAUUAAUUCACACCUCCCUCCUGCUACUGAUAGACUGCAUCUGGAUGUUGGACGCAACUGGCAUAAUCACUUUUGUCACUCUUUUGUUCCCACAUUUCAGCAGGGGAGGAAUGCUCCUAUUGAUGGUGGAUGCAACCCAAUUCUGUCUCAUCCUAUUCCUAUGAGUUCAGAUUGGCCUCCAGUUUUUCGAAGUGGCGUGGCUCCUUCACCGAGUUGUAAUUAUGAUUCUGGAUUCAUGCCCGGGUGGCACUCUAGCUUGUCAAAUAGUUUGGCUUCUCAUGGUGUGCAGGUUAAUGCAGCAUCUCCUGAUGACGAAAGAAAAUAUCAUGGAGACUUACCUGAUUUGAUGAAUGCACAGGAGCUAGCUGAUGAAUAUGACAAUCACUGGUUAUCAGAGGAAGAGUAUGAGGUUCAUGCAGUUCCUGGUAUAGACUAUAACCAAUACUUUGGUGGUGGCAUAAUGUACUGGGAUCCUUCUGAUCAUCCAGGAACAGGUUUCUCCCGAGCUCCCUCUCUUAGCUCAGAUGAUAGUGUUUGGGCUUGGCGUGAGGCUGAUGCUAAUAGGGCUGUGGAUGACAUAAUUGCUUUCUCAUCUUCAUAUAGUACAAAUGGUUUGACUUCACCUACUGCCGCUUCAUUGUGCUCACCAUUUGAUCCUAUGGGAACUACACCCCAGACUGUUGGAUAUGUGGUGUCAGGUAAUGAAGUACCUGGAAAGGUGUUGCAUUCUUCAUCAGUCACCAGUGCAGCAAUGGAGGAAGAUACCUCUGGGUCUCUUGGUAGUAAUUUACCUUGUGAAGUUGAAGGGAAGACAGGCGAUUCGCAUCCAUACCCCAUUCUAAGGCCGAUCAUUAUUCCUAACUUGUCGAGGGAAAGAUCAAGAUCUGAUUUUAUGCGAAGUGUAGAUCAUAAAAGUCCAUGUGUUCCACGUACAAGGCGGGAUCAACGUUGCAUCAAACGGCCACCAUCACCUGUAGUGCUCUCUGUGCCACGGGCUCCGCGUCCACCCCCACCUUCUCCUGUGAGUGAUUCUAGGAAACAAAGGGGUUUUCCAACAGUUAGAUCUGGCAGUUCCAGUCCAAGGCACUGGGGUGUGAGGGGUUGGUAUCAUGAUGGAAAUAAUUUUGAGGAAACUUGUUUAAGAGUGGAUGGUGCUGAAGUUGUGUGGCCUUCUUGGAGAAGUAAUAACCUUGCAGUGCAACCCAAGAUCCAGCCUUUACCUGCUGCCUUGCUGCAAGAUCGCUUGAUUGCAAUGACGCAGAUAACACUUGAUCAGGAACAUCCAGAUGUUGCCUUUCCCCUGCAACCACUUGAUUCUCAGAGCUGUCCUACGAGGAGUGCAUCUUUGGCAUUAAUGCACAGCCUCCUUCAUGAUGAGAUUGACUCUUUCUGUAAAAAGGUUGCUGCGGAGAAUAUGUCUAGGAAACCAUACAUUAAUUGGGCUGUCAAGAGAGUUACCCGGUCUCUGCAAGUUCUAUGGCCCCGAUCCAGGACACACAUAUUUGGUUCUAAUGCAACUCGCAUGGCUCUUCCAACAAGUGAUGUUGACCUUGUGGUUUGUCUUCCUCCUGUGAGAAACCUGGAGCCAAUAAAAGAAGCUGGAAUACUUGAGGGCCGUAAUGGUAUCAAAGAAACUUGUCUUCAGCAUGCAGCUAGGUAUCUUGCCAAUCAGGAUUGGGUAAAAAAUGAUUCUCUGAAGACAGUGGAGAAUACAGCUAUACCUAUCAUUAUGCUUGUGGUGGAAGUUCCUUAUGAUGCUGUCACCUCUUCUGCUCCUAUUUUGCAAUCUCCAAAUGGGAAGUCGGCUUGUACAGCUGGUGAAAAUGGGAAUGUUGUUUAUUCUGAUGUGAUUCAUUCAGAAGAUUUAGCAGUGGUAAAAUGCUCCCCGGUGAAUAGUGACACGGCAAAGAAUUCCAAAUCAGUACGUCUUGACAUCAGCUUCAAGACCCCCUCGCAUACGGGACUUCAAACUUCAGAAUUGGUUAAGGGUCUGACAGAACAAUUUCCUGCUGUUACACCUCUUGCUCUGGUGCUAAAACAGUUCUUGGCAGAUCGUAGUCUGGAUCAGUCCUAUUCUGGUGGCUUAAGUUCUUACUGCUUGGUGUUGCUAAUAAUACGCUUUCUUCAACAUGAGCACCAUCUGGGUCGGCAGAUUGACCAAAACUAUGGAAGCCUUCUAAUGGAUUUUCUCCACUUUUUUGGGAAUGUAUUUGAUCCCCGCCAAAUGAGAAUUUCUGUCCAGGGAAGUGGAGUUUAUCUAAAAAGAGAAAGAGGUUGUAGCAUUGACCCAAUACACAUAGAUGAUCCUCUUUUCCCAACGAAUAAUGUGGGAAGAAAUUGCUUCCGCAUACAUCAGUGUAUCAAGGCAUUUUCAGAAGCUUUUUCCAUUCUUGAAAAUGAACUUUCACGUUUAAAUUUUGAUGGAAAUGUUGAAGAGCCAUGUUCAAGGCCAACUCACCUGCUGCUUCCGAAAAUCAUUCCAAGUCUUGAUCUAUCAUAGAGAUUCUAUUGCUGAAGAGUUUGUGUGGAAGUAUUUUCCGGCGAGAGAAGAUAAAGUUCUGUGAUGGCUUGUGGUGUUGAUGGUUUGUGAAAAAUUGUUACCUACCUUACAAAAGUUGGCCUAUUCGGUGGAAGGAAGUUAUGCAGCAAGUGCAUCAACGCAAUGCGACCACAGGCACCAACUGAAUGAUUCUGCUUCAAAUGACAGGGUUUGUGUGAGGUAUUGUACGAGUUCUAGUGUAAAUGAGUCUCUGGCUGGUCCCAAAAAAUUGGAGUUUCAGGUGCAUCAUUCUUGGUUCAGAAUCUAGUUGAGGAGUAUUUCAAGAACAGAGCUUAAUGUUAGUGCAUAAUUGUGAUCUUUGCUAGUCUCCUUGUUUGGGGUGGAUGACUGAACUAUUGACUGAGAGCAAGGCCGGGUAGGUAAUGAAAAUCCAUGUAAACAAGCUUAACCAGCUCAGCCAGUAUAAUGUUGAAUUUUAAAGAAUGAGAAAAAUGAGGAGAUAAAUUUAUCCUAA